AGGGUUCGUUGGAGAGUAUAAUACCUGACCCACUGCAAGCUUCUGGAAGUGGUAAUUCUCACUCUCUGGUAGUGAAAGCCCUACACUGCAACUUGGCAAGGCCCUUUCGGCGGGAUCCGGAGAUUCGCGUACUUCAGUUUCUUUCGUUCAAGGUGACCUGAUUCGAGUCCCCGUGAUGGCGGUCGAGAAAAUUUUCAAAGAUGAAGCCAGUGAAGAAAAAGGAGAGCGGGCCAGGAUGGCAUCCUUUGUUGGUGCCAUGGCAAUAGCUGACUUGGUCAAGACAACUCUAGGGCCGAAGGGAAUGGAUAAAAUUUUACAGUCAACAGGCAGAGGACGUGAAGUCACUGUCACUAAUGAUGGCGCAACUAUCCUGAAAUCCCUCCAUAUUGAUAACCCAGCCGCUAAAGUUCUCGUGGACAUAUCAAAAGUACAAGAUGAUGAAGUUGGUGAUGGAACAACUUCUGUUGUUGUGUUGGCUGGGGAGCUUUUGAGGGAGGCAGAGAAGUUGGUCGCAGCAAAAAUUCAUCCGAUGACAAUAAUAUCAGGUUUCCGAAUGGCAGCUGAAUGUGCUUGCAAUGCUUUGUUGCAGAAGGUUGUGGAUAACAAAGCUGAUGCUGAAAAAUUCAGGUCAGACUUGAUGAAUAUUGCAAUGACUACUUUGAGUUCCAAAAUUCUCUCGCAGGACAAAGAACACUUUGCCAAUCUUGCCGUGGAUGCAGUAAUGAGACUAAAGGGAAGUACUAAUUUGGAAGCUAUCCAGAUUAUAAAGAAACCUGGAGGAUCACUAAAGGAUUCGUUUUUAGAUGAAGGGUUUAUUCUUGACAAGAAAAUUGGUAUUGGACAACCUAAACGCAUAGAAAAUGCGAAUAUAUUGGUGGCAAAUACUGCCAUGGACACUGACAAAGUGAAGAUUUAUGGAGCUCGUGUUCGUGUUGAUUCAAUGGCUAGGGUUGCUGAGAUUGAAGGCGCUGAGAAGGAGAAGAUGAGAGAAAAGGUGCAGAAGAUUAUAGCUCAUGGUAUCAAUUGUUUUGUCAACAGACAGUUGAUUUACAAUUUUCCAGAGGAACUCUUUGCCGAUGCUGGAAUAUUGGCAAUUGAGCAUGCUGAUUUUGAUGGUAUUGAGCGCCUGGCUUUGGUAACUGGUGGUGAAAUUGCGUCAACCUUUGACAAUCCGGAGUCUGUUAAGCUUGGACACUGCAAGCUUAUUGAGGAGAUUAUGAUUGGUGAGGAUAAGCUGAUUCACUUUUCUGGUGUUGCAAUGGGGCAAGCAUGUACAAUAGUCUUGAGAGGUGCUAGCCACCAUGUACUGGAUGAAGCUGAAAGGUCAUUGCAUGAUGCCUUAUGUGUGCUAUCCCAGACUGUUAAUGACAGCAGAGUUUUGCUUGGUGGGGGAUGGCCUGAGAUGGUGAUGGCAAAAGAGGUAGAUGAAUUAGCCAGGAGAACUCCUGGAAAGAAGUCUCUAGCAAUCGAGGCGUUCUCCAGGGCACUUUUGGCUAUCCCAACAAUCAUUGCUGAUAAUGCUGGUUUGGACAGUGCUGAGUUGAUUUCUCAGCUGCGAGCAGAGCACCACAAGGAAGAAUGUAAUGCUGGAAUUGAUGUCAUCUCUGGCUCUGUCGGUGACAUGGCUCAGCUGGGGAUAUCUGAAUCAUUCAAAGUCAAGCAGGCGGUAUUGCUAUCGGCAACUGAGGCAGCUGAGAUGAUCCUUAGAGUUGAUGAGAUCAUCACCUGUGCUCCAAGGAGGAGGGAAGACAGAAUGUGAAAAUCUAUUUAGCAUGUACGAAGAGUUGGUUGUAACAUUUUUAUCUGGCAUAUUCUAAGGAGUUAUUGUAAUGUUUUGUUUUGGACUAUGGGCAUUGCGAUACUGAUAUGGUGGUUAAGCUAAAUCCGAAGAACUGACAAGCAAUGCCAUGUGAUGUCGAAAGUUGUUAGGUGGGGCCGAGUACUGUCUUUUUCCCCCUGGCCUUUCAGCAGAACUUGCUCCUGCCUAUGCAAAAUAUUGAGUUAGAGUGAAGUCGAGGAUUUAUUCUUGAUUGUUAUAGCUGGGAUUUGAAAAGCCCUCCAAGCUCCGGUGAUAUGCUAAGAUUGCGUGAUUUCUUGGAAGGCGAUGGAUUUGAAACUCAUGAUAGUCAGUCAAUUCAUUUCAAACUUGUUUUUCC